UAAACGCGAAAGAGGAAUAUUCAAAAUUUAGUCACCCGAUACAAAACAAGUUUUCUUAAAAUAUUUCAAAGUAUUUAAUUUCAAAUGCGAGACGAGCGGUAUGCGCGUACCGUAAAUAGGUUAUACAGCGCUCCAUUGAUCAUUUUACCUGUCUUCAUUGAUCUUAUCGAAGGUUAUGACUAGGUUGGCUUAUCUUUCCGUACUUACUCUUUAUUUUAAGUCUCAAUGGAAUUAAGAAAUAGCUGAUUAGGACUAUCAUGUUAUUUAGUGUUCAUUCAUGGAAAAUCUGCCGGUACAUACCAUGCAGCUCUAUGUCAAAAUAUUCUGUCGCCAUGUGCCCUGGCUCUCGAAGACUCAAAUCAACAAAAACUGCAUAUAUGGAAGAACCAGUACAGUCAAUAGAAGAUGCUCCAAAAUUACAGGUUGCCAGAGUAACCCCUACAAUUCCCUUUCCUGUUGGAAAAACAGUUGUACAUGAAAUCAAGAAAAAUCUAUCUCAAAUACAAAUGUCAGAAUGGUCACCUAUAAUAGUCGAUUACACUAAGCUUCACAAACAUUAUCUGAAAUUGUCAAAGAUUAGACUGACAUCUCUAGUUGUGGCCACAACUAUGGCUGGAUAUGCACUAGCUCCCGCACCAUUUGAUAUUUAUACAUUUGCCAUGUGUUCUCUUGGCACAGGCUUAGUGUCAGCUGCAGCAAAUGCGAUCAAUCAAUUUUUUGAAGUUCCUUUUGAUGCACAAAUGUCACGAACCAAAAAUCGUGUAUUAGUGCGUGGUCACCUGACAUCUGCUCAAGCAGUAGCAUUUGCAGCUGUUUCUAGUAUCAUUGGAUUAUCUAUGCUCUAUUAUGAAGUGAAUAGUGUAACAGCAGCAUUGGGUGCUACUAAUCUAGUUUUAUACACACUCAUCUACACCCCAAUGAAACGUGUCAGUAUUGUCAACACUUGGGUUGGCUCUGUUGUAGGAGCUAUACCUCCUCUUAUGGGCUGGGCAGGUUGUACUGGUAGUAUCAUGAUGCCGGGUGCUUUGAUCAUAUCUGGUAUCUUAUAUGCAUGGCAGUUUCCACACUUUAAUGCUUUAUCAUGGAACUUGAGGCCAGAUUAUUCACGUGCUGGCUAUCGAAUGAUGGCUGUUACAAAUCCAGAUUUAUGUCGUAAAACAACUAUGAGGUACACAGUGGCUCUGACUGGUCUAUGUUAUUUAGCACCUGUACUGGAUGUGACAAAUUGGUGGUUUGCAUUGGCUACGACACCACUCAACGUAUCUUUCCUUUAUCUAGCCUGGAAAUUCAGUGAACAUUCGGACAGCGCGAAUUCUAGAAAAUUAUUCCGAUUUUCAUUACUCCAUCUACCUCUGUUGAUGAUGUUGAUGCUUACAAGUAAGAAGUAUUGGAGUAACACGAAAAAACAAGAAGAUAAGCUCGUAUCUCAUAACGAGCAAGAAACGAAUUUAGGGACAGUUUUGACUACUAUCGCUCCGGCAACUUCGUCCGUGUAA